UUCUGGCACAGGCCAUCACUGGCCUCGUUAGUACGGAGAAAGGGAGCAUUUUUCAGCGAAAUAACACUGUCCCGCCCGGGUGUGUGUGUCAGCAAACAGCGUUUCGAGCUGUGUGCGUGUCGAAGAGAUUGGGAAUGCUGCACUAUGACGGAUAGUGCGUUACAUGCGUCUGGACAUAUCUGCAGUGUUUUCUAGACAGUUUUAUUUGGAGGAAUCGGGGAGAAGUGUGGCGAUUUUGCGCGUUGACAGCUGGACCGCCCUGCGCCUUCAUUGGAGGCAGUGAAGUGUCCGCUUCCCUUUAAGAUACUGUCCAGUUGCCAUUCAAUGUCCAGCAGCACGUGGCUGAGGCUGCCCUGCGGCUGAUCCUGAUGAUGCUUUCAACCAACCGCUCCGGGGGUGCGUGGGGAUGAAAUGGAUGGAGCCCAUGGCCAGACCAGCGCACCAGCUCCCACCUCUCAGCAUGUCCAGCCGCAGCAAGUCUCCCCCCAACUCUGGAGAAGCUGCAGGCUCUAACUCCAUGGCAUGGGUGAAGAUGUUCAAAAAACCUGGAGGAGGCCUGAAGAAAUCCUACCAGCCUGGGAGCAUGCUGUCUCUCGCGCUCACCAAAGGCCUGCUGAAUGAGCCCGGGCAGAACAGCUGCUUCCUAAACAGCGCUGUUCAGGUGCUCUGGCAGCUGGACAUCUUCAGGAGGAGUUUGAGGCAGCUCUCAGGUCACUUCUGUCUCGGUGAUAGCUGCAUCUUCUGUGCUCUAAAGAGCAUCUUCAGCCAGUUCCAGCAGAGCAGAGAGCGUGUGCUCCCUUCCGACAGCCUGCGUAACGCGCUAGCUGAAACUUUUAAGGAUGAGCAACGCUUCCAGCUCGGCCUGAUGGAUGAUGCUGCUGAGUGCUUUGAGAACAUCCUGGAGCGGAUUCAUUUACACAUCGUUUCUGACACGUCGACUGAUGCAUGCUCAUCCAAAUCCUGCAUCACCCAUCAGAAGUUCGCCAUGAUGCUUUAUGAGCAGUUUGUGUGUCGCUGCUGUGGAGCAUCGUCAGACCCGCACCCAUUCUCAGAAUUCGUACAUUAUGUUUCAACGACUGCGUUAUGCCAACAGGUUGAGCGCAUGUUGGGGAAGAACGAGCGGCUCAGGUCAGACAUGUUUGGAGAAUUGCUGCAGGCAGCAAACAACACAGGUGACCUCCGAAGCUGCCCGAGUAACUGCGGUCAGAGUAUCAAGAUCCGCCGUGUGCUCAUGAACUGUCCAGAGAUCGUCACCAUUGGAUUUGUAUGGGAUGCUGAGCAGUCUGAUCUCACGGACGAUGUCAUUCGGUCACUUGGCCCACGACUGAAUCUGUGUGGGCUUUUCAACCGUGUCACUGAUGAAAACGCCAAACGCAGCGAGCUUCAUCUGGUGGGGAUGAUCUGUUUUUCGAGUAAACAUUACUCAGCCUUCGCCUAUCACACCAAAUCUUCAAAAUGGAUGUUUUUCGAUGAUGCUACUGUAAAGGAGAUUGGAUCCAAAUGGAAAGAUGUUGCCUCUAAAUGUAUCAGGGGACAUUUCCAGCCUCUUCUUUUAUUUUACACUAAUCCUGAGGGAUCUCCAGUUUCUAAUGAAGAUGCCCCAAGACAAACCACCAUGUGUCCUCGGUACAAAGCUCAGAUAAAUGGUGACAUGACAGCGAAACAUCCCCUUGGCAGUCCGAACAAACUCCAGGAUCCCAUCAUGGAGCAUUUGCAGAGGCCGAGUGAAACUUCCAAAAAGGAUCGAGGGCAUCGGAAAACAGACUCAUCACAACACAAAGAGAUGGCACAUGCAAGAUCUCUAUCUCCUCCAGAGAGUGGACCCAGGCCGCCUGUGGACCAAAAAUGUAAAAGCUAUCCACGGGCUGAGAAGUUAUCGAACCAUUCGAGCAGAGGACCUCAGGAUCAGCGUGGUCCGUCCUUCGGUACGCAGGGUGGAGGGCACGGCCGCAGGAACAACACCUCCUCAAGUCGCUAUGAUCAGGAUGGCUGCCAGGAGCAAUGGGAAAAAGAUGGAGGUGAAGGAACCCGCAAUAAGUCCAAGUCCACCUGGAGACCCAUUCGGGAGGUGUUAAAUGUGGACACUGUGCUUAACGAACUGGAGCAGCGGCGUCAACAGCAGCACGACAGCCCGCGACACAGCAAGCCUUCGUCCCAGGAAAAAGUGCACAAGGAACAAAGUCGAGACCACGAGCGGGAAUACGUACGAACCAGAGAAGAUCGGAAGCAGAAGUGCUUAAUGACUAUUUAUGAGGACGAGCAGCGCCAUGAGACGGAGAGCCACAGCUCUGUAGAGUCAGAGAGCAGAGCCAACCAGCAGAGGGGCAGCAGACUCAAGGGGGGGCCCAAGACGCUGCUGCGUAGCGACACCUGGACCAUCCAGAGGACAGAGUCUGGCUAUGAGAGCAGCGAUAGACUCAGCAGUGGCUCCACCAAUCCUGACUCACCUGGCGUCGAUGGCUUUGUGGUUAAAGACCAGAGAUCAACACCAGAGGCAAAGUUGCAAAGUCAGCUGCACCAAAAAGGAGGCGAUGCCAAAACAAGUUCAACGUCCUCCCCUUCACACAAUGGUAAACAUCAACCCAAACCUCAGGGAAAGAACCAUGACCAAGUUUCACAUUCACAUCUAAAGUGCAGUCCAAGUUCGAGACGGAAAUCAAAGAACACUAGUACCUCCAGAAAAGCAGUUUCCUCAGAGAGGGACUCCGCUGGUUCAGAUAACAGGCAGUGUGAGCAGCAGGAUCUGACAAACUGUCGAGGGCACUCUGUGGAAAGUACAGCCCAGAGGCACUUUACGAAAACCAGCAGCUCCGAAUGGAACAGCUCCGAUGAUCUGGCUCUCUCUGAGCCCGAGGACAGAGAAAACUCAUACCGCUCCAGCAACAGCGAGGCCUCUGAAUCCCAGUGUCCUCCCAUGACUCUGCCCUACCACCCUCCCAGCAAUGUGACUGCAGAACCUCUCCAACUGAACUCUCAGCGGCAGCUCGGCACCACAGGGUCCCCUCACCUUCGGACCACCCCGCGGAUCCCUCCUCACCAGGGGGAAACUAGCCACGCAGUGUUUCGUCCGAGGAUGCUUCAUCAAGAACCCUUUCCAUCGAGUCCUCGUCUUUCAUCCGCGUCUUUUGUUAGUCUUCACAGGAGGCCAGACAUUUCAGGCCUCAGAACCUUCUCAGAUGCAAGCUCCAAGUCGGGCUCUGACCCAGAGAGGAGUACCCCGUCGUCAUGUGAAAGUGAGGAAAGACUGACCGGAUGCAGAUUGGAACAAGCAACGCCAGCUCAAGAGGUUUCUCUGACAACAUACUUCACUGUGGAUAACUGUAUGACGGAAACAUACCGUCUCAAGUACCACAACCAGAGGCCUCUUGUCCUCUCAGCCACGAUGCCGCGGACAGUGGUUGUGACUGAGCGCAGAGAUACCAGCCACACACUCCCCACUGACACAUACUCACAAGAUGUGCCAAAAGCCAGACCUGAAACAAGCCAUAAUAGCAAUAAACCCACUGCAAAAUGGAACCCAGUGACAGCCAAAGGACUGGAUGAACGUGGUUUUUUAUGAGUGUUACUUGGUAAAGUUUGUUUACAAGGAUGGACAGUGGUCAGUAGAGUGCUAACUGGAUGCCAAAGAGUUUACAGAAUGAAGAUAUGUCCUGCAGCGCGUCUUCUCCAAAUUGAGUGGAAUUUAUUUAUGCAAGCUUGUCACAUAAGUAAAACCUGAUUUAAAUGCUGUUGCGUGUAGUUUGAAGGAUUAUCAGCUAUCACAUAUACAGUACUGUCUUCCAUUGUCCCGCAGUAUUGCUGCAAGAAGAUUUUGUUUUAACCAAAAUCUGUACUGUUUUGAGUUUGCACAAAGGUUUCUUGAGUGUUUAUUAUUCUUUAAAAUCAUCUUAUGUCAAGUUUAAAAUGUUUAUUUUUUUAUUUGUCUAGUAUUUCUGUGCUGCGAAUAUAUCAAUGUAUUUAAAGAAAGGCUUGAGAGAUUAUGGUGAGCCACAGACUGAUAAUACUGUGGUCUGUACAGUAAUAAUACAAAGGUGAAAGAUGUGUGGUGACAGAUUACAGCAUGUUGACGAGAAAAGUGUUAAGGAAUAAAAAACUGAAUAUGAUGUCAUUCAAUGAAAUAAUACCUACAGGUUUGCAUCAUCCACAGCAGGUUUAAGGUGUAAGGAGGACUAUCUGGGUAGAUCACCUGUUAUAUGCACAUUAGGGCUUUAGCUCACCAGGGAACAGACAUUGCAACACUUGUGUUUCUUCAGUUACUGAUUUGUUGUAACUGUUAUCUUUAUCAGUUAUUUUACAAGGUUUUUUGUGUUAAUGAAUGGCUGAAGGCUGCCCCACUGCAGUCACUUUUAAGGUUCAUUCAAUAGUAUGUAAACAUAUUUCACAACAUGUGAUUAGGGAUGGCUGUGUUCAGUUUCUUGCAGCCUACAAAUCCUAACGUUUGAUGGCUAUGAUGCACUGAAGUUGGGGCAGCCUUUGUGUUAUUCAGUAGGUCAUUGUAUACUGUACCACCAUGUCACCUUGUGUGUUCUACCUUCAAUUGUGCUGAUUCUUGUAAUCCUUUUUUGUAAUUCACAGUGAUGUCAAAUUGUAUUUUUUCAGUCUUCCUUUUAAAGUAGACGGAUUUAAACAGGUCUGUAUUUGCAGGUAUUUUCAUAAUGAUGCCAUUAUAACUAAUAUGCCUAUCUGAUAUUGACCAUAAUACACAACAGUGAUUCUUGUUCGUAAGACUAAUGUUCUGAAACCUGCAUGUGGCCUUUACAAAGUCUUACUAGCUGUGUGUACAGCAUAAGCAUGAGCAUGAUAAUAAUAAUGGACUUUGAGUCCAACAAACAUCAAUUCUAUUGGAUUUUAUUUAAUUGUAAUAAAAUCAAUUCAUUAAAUAACUAUUUGUAACUACAGUGGAUUUGGAAACGUUGAUUCUCCUCUCUUGCUCAUGCAACGACACAUACUUAUGAUUAUGCAUCAAUAUUAAUAUCAAUGUUUUCUUUCACCAAGUCUUCUCCUUAACAUCCUGUCAUUUAUGCUUAUUUUUUAACAACCUUUGUCCAGAUAUUUUUCAACGAUUUUAAAAGCACACAUUUUGUCACUAAAUCUGCAGUUUGUGUGUGUUGUGUUAGUGCCUUCUGACACUAAAGGAUAGUGUUAAAUAUUUUCGGACACCUUCACCUGUAAUUUACAUAAAACAACAUAGUUUCAGAAUACCUUUACACAAAAUUGUGUUGUAGUAAUAAUAAAUCACUAAUUUUACU